AUGGGAAAGGACAAUGGUGAAGAAGAGGCCGUGGCCAACCACGUCUCGGGUCAGGCUAACACCCCCAUGAGCAAGCCCGCGCACGCCCUCACCUUUGAGGAGGUCGCCAGCGAGCUCGGCGCUGACGUACAGAACGGUCUCACCAAUGAAGAGCACAAAACGCGCCUGGAGAAGUACGGUCGCAAUGAGUUUGGUGAGACGCAGGGUGUGCAGCCUGUUCGUAUCUUUGUCGGCCAGAUUGCCAACGCCUUGACCAUGGUUCUCAUUCUCGCUACCGGUGCCUCUUUUGGUAUCCAGUCAUGGAUUGAGGGUGGUGUCCUUGUCGCCGUUAUCGCCCUCAACAUCUCCGUCGGAUUCGUGCAGGAAUACAAGGCUGCCAAGACCAUGGACUCCCUUCGCUCCCUGUCGUCUCCCACAGCCCAAGCGGUCCGCAGCGGUAAUAACGAAACGGUGCCCACGGCCGAAAUUGUUCCUGGCGAUCUGGUCGAACUGAAGACGGGUGACACGAUCCCCGCUGACGUACGUCUCAUUGAGGCCGUCAACUUUGAGACCAACGAGGCCCUCCUUACCGGCGAGUCGCUGCCUGUCCGAAAAGAAAUUGCGAGCGUCUUCGCCGAUGACACUGGACCUGGUGAUCGCCUCAACGUCGCCUACAGCUCUUCCACCGUCACAAAGGGCCGUGCCCGUGGUAUUGUCUUCGCCACUGGUCUGUACACGGAAAUCGGUCAGAUUGCUGCGGCCCUACGUGGCAAGAACUCGCGCCGUCGUGAGCCCAAGCGUCGCGAAGACGGCACCACCUCUUUCGGCCGCUAUGUUCAGGCUUGGACCCUGACUGGGAGUGAUGCCGUCGGGCGAUUCCUUGGAGUCAAUGUCGGCACACCCCUUCAGCGCAAGCUGGCCAAGCUCGCUCUGCUGCUUCUCGGUACCGCUAUUAUUUGCGCCAUCAUUGUCUUGGCUGCCAACGACUGGAAGUCUGACCAGCAAGUCGUCAUCUAUGCCGUCGCUACCGGUGUAUCUAUGAUUCCGGCCUCCCUUAUCGUUGUCUUGACCAUCACCAUGUCGGCUGGCACCAAGCGCAUGGUUGAGCGCCACGUCAUUGUCCGUAACCUCAAGGCUCUCGAGGCUCUUGGUGGUGUCACUAGCAAGAUGAUUGUCAAGAAGGCCUGGAUCCCUGGUCGCGGCACCUACUCCGUCGGAACGACGAACGAACCCUUCAACCCGACCGAGGGCGACCUGGGCCUUAACCCUGAAGAGCCCCGCAACAUUGACUUCACUUCCAAGGAAGCCGAUGGUGAGGUCUUUGAUGGUCACGAGCUUGUGAAGAAGGACACCACUCUCCGCGAAUACCUCAAUGUCGCCUCGCUCGCGAACUUGGCCUCGGUCACCAAGGUUGACGAUGAAUGGCACGCACGCGGCGACCCAACUGAGAUUGCUAUCCAGGUGUACGCGUCCCGUUUUGGCUGGAACCGCCUGGGUCUGUCCACCGGCGAGAACGCUCAGUGGAAGCAGGUUGCCGAAUUCCCCUUUGACUCGGAUGUCAAAAAGAUGUCCGUCAUCUUCAACGACAGCCACGCCGACAAGCAGCAUGUCUUCACCAAAGGCGCCGUGGAGCGCGUCAUCGGUUCUUGCCCCCGUUACCAAUGUGGUGACGAGAUCAUCGACUUCCCCGAGUCUGUGAGGGAGGAAGUCCUCAAGAACAUGGUCGCGAUGGCCUCGCUCGGUCUCCGUGUCCUUGCCCUUGCCUCCCGCACCGAUUUCCGUCACGUCAACGACAAUGAGCCCGAACUCGAACGCAGCGAGUUUGAAGAGAAUCUUGUAUUCCGUGGUCUGGUUGGUCUCUAUGACCCUCCCCGUCCUGAAUCCGCCCCAUCUGUCCGCUCCUGCCACCAGGCUGGCAUCGGUGUUCAUAUGCUCACGGGCGACCACCCUGAGACUGCUCGUGCCAUCGCCCUCGAAGUUGGCAUCCUGCCGUCGCGCAUUAACGAGAUUGCUGCCGAUGUGGCCAAGACCAUGGUGAUGGCUGCCCACGACUUUGAUAAGCUCACUGACGAUGAGAUUGACAAACUGCCUCUUCUGCCUCUUGUCAUUGCUCGCUGCGCCCCCCAGACCAAGGUUCGCAUGAUUGAGGCUCUGCACAGACGCAAGGCCUUCGUCGCCAUGACGGGUGAUGGUGUGAACGAUUCCCCUUCGCUCAAGCGUGCCGACGUCGGUAUUGCCAUGGGUCAAGCUGGAUCCGACGUGGCCAAGGAAGCUUCCGAUAUCGUUCUCACAGACGACAAUUUCGCUUCUAUCCUCAACGCUGUGGAGGAGGGCCGCCGCAUGUUUGAUAACAUCCAAAAGUUUGUCCUCCACGUGUUGGCUGAGAACCUUGGCCAGGCCCUCACCUUGCUCGUCGGUCUCGCUUUCAAAGACAAGGAAGAAAUCUCCGUUUUCCCCAUCUCGCCCGUCGAGAUUAUGUGGAUCAUCAUGAUCACUUCUGGCUUCCCUGAUAUGGGUCUUGGUUUCGAAGUUGCCGUGCCUGAUAUCAUGGACAGGCCUCCCCAGAACUUGAAACAAGGCGUCUUCACCCCCGAACUGCUGUGCGACAUGGUCGUCUACGGCCUCUGGCUCGCUGCUCUGUGCUUGACGGCCUUCACCCUCGUCCUCUUUGGCUGGGGUGCCGGCACAGCUGACAUUGGGAACGGCUGUAACGAGUCGAUUGACGAUGGUUGCGAGGUUGUGUUCCGUGCCCGUGCCACAACAUUCGCUGCACUCACCUGGUUCGCCCUGUUCUUGGCCUGGGAGAUGGUCAACAUGCGCCGCUCCUUCUUCCGCAUGCAGCCUGGGAGCAAGAAGUACUUUACGCAGUGGUUCCACGAUGUCUGGCGCAACCAAUUCCUCUUCUGGGCUAUCAUCGGAGGUAUCGUCACCAUGUUCCCUAUCCUGUACAUUCCUGGCCUUUCCGACUACGCCUUCAAGCACACCGGUAUCACGUGGGAGUGGGGCAUCGUGUUUGUGGAGUCUAUACUCUUCUUCAUGGGUAUCGAGACUUGGAAGUUCGCCAAGCGCGUCUACUUCCGCCGCAAGGCGAAGCACGCGAGCAAAGGCGUCGACCUCGAGACGCGCACCUUUGGUCACUACUUCGCCAGCGGCCAGUCAAGUGAUAGUGGGAGCGCUGAAGCCGAGAGCGAUGCCGAGAAGGCAGCCGUCAAGCGAUCGUCUGGCAGCGGCAACAUCGAUAACGAGAAGAAGGCGAAUGCCUGA